GACAUCUGACAAAUGUUGUUUAUGUCAAAUCUUCCUCUAUGAUGUUGUUAAAUGUCCCCGUCUAGAGAAAUCGAAUCAAGAAUCGGGUGGAUGGACGUAGAAUAUGCACACCCUAGCACAAGAGUCGGUUUGUGAUUAACUUGCAUUUCAGGCGGAUUCCAUGCUCGAAGGAGUGAGAGGAGAAAUCAAAUGGAUGGAAGCCUUCGGAAGAUGUCUAAAAUUGAGCGUCUUAAUGCCCGUGUGGCGAAGCUGCUGACGGUGGCAGUGCAUGAGGUUCUGCAGGUGGUUAAAGAGACGGUAUCAGAGUAUCAGGAGAACACGGCCAGAACUCAGAGAGAGAACGAGAGUCUGAGGAAAAUUGUGCAGGAACUCCAGGACAAGAUGAAGAGCGAGAACACGGGUGCUGUGCAGACUGUGACUGUCCAACUUGAGCUGCAGAAUUGUAAGCAGGAACUUUCCCUGGGUGAGGACACUGAACUCUUCCCAUCUGAAGAGGAGUUGACAGAGAUUCUCUCUCCAGAGCCACAUGAUCGACUUACCAGCGAAAGACCCUUUGGAGUCCAAACAUUUGCCUUUCCUCCUGCUAUCAGUUUGAAAAAGAAGAGCAGGUCGUUCCACUCAGCGGGUGGCCCAAGGAGCUUGCUGACAGAGGAACGACCAGAGACGACCACACAGAGCAGAGAGUUGGAUCUUAAAUCUGAGACAGGACAUGAUACACUUGUAAAGGGACACCACACUCUGGAGACUGAUACUGCUCUGUCAGAAACAAUAUUGAGUCAUAUGAACUCCACUCACACCGUUUCAAACUCCCUUUUCCCAAACGAUUCCCCUCAGGCCUCUCAACCACUGCUGACUUUUGAGGAGAUCAAAACAGAACCUGAAGUGGAAGCGUAUGCCACAUAUUCAACACCAAAGCAUUUUUAUGACUGUGCAGGCUCAAGCCACAUUUUACCCCAGACCCAACUCAAUCGAGAGCCUCUUCAACCUAACUCAGGGUACUUCCAGCCAAACCAAAAUGGCUCGGAACCAUUUGCAUUGGGAAACAAUGCAGAAUCGACAUUGGACAGAUUUGAUGAACAGCACAAUACCCUCCCGUUUAGGAAAUCUUUUGGUGGAGCAGGAGGGUUGAGAAUACUCCAGCGACAUCUCGGUAGUGAAAAGCGCUACUGCUGUCCUCUGUGUGGCCGGUGCUUCAGUCAUGCGGGUGAUUUUAAAAAACACAAGAGGGUCCACACUGGUGAGAAGCCAUACUGUUGUUCUGUGUGCGGAAAGCGUUUCAGUCAGUCAGGCUACCUGAAAAUACACCAACGGUACCACACUGGAGAGCGACCGUAUGGCUGUACCCAGUGUGGAAAACGCUUCAGUCACUCUAGUAAUUUCAAGAAGCACCAGCUCACUCACCUAGGAUCAGUGCCAUAAUGUAUGAGAACAUAAGGGAUCUUUGACUGAGCGCAAUGACAUUUAUUUAGAGUUGGACAGAUUAAGUGUAUGGGGGAAAUGUUCAGGAAAGUGAAAGGAUCCUCUCUAGCAGAAGAGCAUUGCUUACUUUGUUUGACUUCACAUAAUUACUAAUCUUUGUUAGGGUUUUCUGAUGUGGACAAUAUUGUGAAAAGCUGUUUUUGACAUUUUCAACACCAAAUCUCACUGGUAGAAUUAAUGGGCAGGACCACAAUUUACUGUAUUAUUCCUAACAAUGGUGGUGUGGGUCUGGGAGUCUUCCUAUUUGGUCUUUACUACUAGUAAAUCUCUAGAAUGUGUGGAAUUCUUGUCAUUUUGAAUAAACAAAUGAAUAUUUUAUCAAACAAAAUGUGUAUGUACUAUUACUUGUAUGUGUUAAUAAAAUAUAUUCCACUGUUGGGGCUACAUAUAAUGUAAAGAAAGAUUCAUAAUAAAUUAAAAUCACUGUCAAAAGUGAAAGACGAACAUGAUGGCGCGUCCGUUCUGGCCACCGCCCCUUUACGUGACUUGCGGAAGUAACGAGCUCUGUGCUACAUCAAAACAGUUCUGCAGUUAUGCACAAAUGGAGACAGGUGAGACAUUUUAUGUUAAACUUGCAUUUUGAUCGCUCAGACAAAGACGAAACAUCGGAGCCAAAGCAGGACUUUAUGUAGUCAGAAGCUAACGUUAGCAUGUCAGAGCCUCUGCGUGGUAAGAUAUUUAACCUUAGCAGCUAGUUAGCUAGCUAACAGCCACCACCAUUGGACGGUCAUCGAUGGCUUCAAAGUAAGCCCUUCCUUGUAAGCCCUGCCCUGCCUUUUUACAUGACAAACUUGGACGUUCUCACAAUCAUUCACUGCACUUUAGCCCUGUGACCUAAUUUGUAAAUCAUGUCGAAAAUUGAGCGUCUGAACGCCCGUGUGGCGAAGCUGCUGACGGUGGCGGUGCAUGAGGUUUUGGAGGUGGUGAAAGAGACUGUGUCUGAGUACCAGGAGAAAACAGCCAGAACUCAGAGAGAGAACUUGAGUCUGAGGAGGAGACUGCAGGAACUCCAGGACAAGAUGAAGAGAGAGAACACAGCUCAACAGUCUGCCACUGCUCCCACAGCCAUUUCAGGUAAAACCGAGCAGGAGGAGGGAAGCGAGGGCAGCCCCUGGCCGAUUCAACAGGACCCAGAGUCUACACAGCACGAGGACAAACCAGUGCUCACCCAGAAACCGUGGAGGAGACUGGAGGAAGAGUACAACAACUCACUGGAGCUAGACCACUUGGAGGACUCCGAGACUGAGUGUAAUGUCACACUAACGUUAGCUGAGCGUAGCGGAGCGCCUCCAGAGAGGUUGUCACAGGUGACUGUAUACAUGCCUCACUCUCUAUGUGACGCCGACCUAGACUCCAUGCACACAGGACAUAUGUCCUCCAACAUGUUACCCCUAAGCCAUCCCAGCUCUCCUCCUCACCCAGGUCUGUCCUCGGGUGAAAUCAAAACCGAACCUGACCACCUGGAAUAUUCCUCUGCCCCCCAAGAGCCCCCAGACCAGAACCAAUUUUUUGAGUGUGAAGACUCGGAUAGUAGCGCAACGCAAAAUCACAGUGCCCCGGAACCCAUGCAGAACAACCCGGAAAUGCACGGCAUAGUGCACUACAUCAACGCAGAAGGUCUAAACACCUUUGUGGACUCGUUUCCCUUCGCAUGUCACCCAGAGUUGGUCCAGGACGCCAGGCGACAACACAGGCCUCUGCUUAGGCGUGAGGAGAGCCACAGCUGCAUUCUGUGCGGGAAGACGUUCAGCCGGAUCGGGAAUCUUCGGAUCCACCAGCGCUGUCACACAGGGGAGAAACCCUAUUGCUGCCUGCACUGUGGGAGACGCUUCAGUCACGCUGGGAACCUGCAGAAACAUAAGAGGGUCCACACUGGGGAAAGACCGUAUGGCUGCCAACAGUGCGGCAAGACUUUCAGUCAGUCCAGUCACCUUAAGAAGCAUCAGAGAAUUCACGUUGUCAGGCAUCUUAGUGUUGAAUAAAGUUUGACUUUCAGAUUAAUUGUCCAUGAAUCAAAAGUGAAGUGCAUUUGUUGAACUUUGGCCUAUUUGUUUGGACGUUUGGACGAGCGUAGCCUAACCUUUGCCACUUACUUACUACAUGGUCACAAAAGGUAUAAUGUAGACCACACUUUUUUUUGUGAAAUUGGGACUAGCUUGUGUAAGUAACAGUGUUGUGUCCGUCCCUCUUCUUGCCCCAACCUGGGCUCGAACCAGGGACCCUCUGAACACAUCGACAACUGUCUCCGACAAAGUAUUGUCAACUAUCGCUCCACAAAAGCUGCAGACCUUACAAAGCAAGGAAAACUACUUCAAGGUCUCAGAGCAGGUGACCUCACCGAUUGAACACUACUGGCGCGUACCGCUAACUAGCUAGCCAACUUUUACUCCCCACUUUGACCUCCUCCUUCUCUGGACAAAGCCCAACUGAGUGAUCUGGGCAACAGCAUCAAUGUAACAGUGUUGCUUCCGUCCCUCUCCUUGCUCGAACCAGGGACCCUCUGAACAUACCAACAACUGUCACCCACAAAGCAUUGUUACCUGUCACUCCACAAAAUCUGCGGGUCUCUUGCAGAGCAAGGGAAACCACUACUUAAAAGUCUAACUAGUUAGCCAUUUCACAUAGGCUACACUGGGAUCAAACCAGCAACUGGCCUGUAGUGCUAACAAUGUGACUGCACUAACUGCAUUCCCAAUAGUCAACUCAUAGAAGGGUUUGUAAAAUGCUUACUAUGGGUAAGGUUAGAUCAUUACAAUGUGUGUAUUCUCUUCAUUGACAUAAUCAAGAAUGGAUCAAUACACGCUACAUGGACUGUGUGUGCAGCAUGCGUUUAAUAGAUAAUCUGUUCAAAUAAAUGUAUAAUUGGUU